CAGCGCGACACGCGGUACCUGGAGCAGCUCCACCAGCUCUACAGCGACAGCUUUCCCAUGGAGCUCCGGCAGUUCCUGGCCCCGUGGAUUGAGAGCCAGGACUGGGCGUACGCCGCCAGCAAGGAGUCUCACGCCACGUUGGUGUUCCACAACCUGCUGGGAGAGAUCGACCAGCAGUACAGCCGCUUCCUGCAGGAGUCCAACGUCUUGUACCAGCACAACCUGCGGCGCAUCAAGCAGUUCCUGCAGAGCAGGUACUUGGAGAAGCCGAUGGAAAUCGCCCGCAUCGUGGCUCGCUGCCUGUGGGGAGGAUGUGCCCCGCCCCCCCGAGCGGGCUGCCACUGCCGCCCAGCAAGGGGGACAGGCAACACAUCCAACAGCUGCUGUAGUGACGGAGAAGCAGCAGAUGCUGGAGCAGCAUCUGCAGGAUGUGAGGAAGAGGGUGCAGGAUCUGGAGCAGAAGAUGAAAGUGGUGGAGAAUCUCCAGGAUGACUUUGAUUUUAACUACAAGACUUUGAAAAGCCAAGGAGACAUGCAGGAUCUGAAUGGAAACAAUCAGUCAGUGACCCGGCAGAAGAUGCAGCAGCUGGAGCAGAUGCUCACGGCGCUGGACCAAAUGCGAAGGGUAU